GUAGUUUGGGUUUGAGACUCUUUCCUGACUGCAGAGUUUGGCAGACUUUCUUUUACACAACACUAAAUGCUACAUUUUGCAUCCUUUUUUAUUAGAUUUUUUUUUUAAAAGCCAUGGAGGGACCUACUGUGUUUAUAUUACAAUCUGCAUAAACCUGUGCAACUUGCACUUACAAUUGGACUGCAUUUCACAUUUAUUACGUUUCAUAAAGUUUCUGGAAAAUGCCUUUUCAUCAGAGGACAGUGGAACCCCAGCGGGUAAGCAGGUUGAACGAGGAGGACUACAGGGUAAUAAUAGUAGGUGAUCGCGGUGAGGGUGACAAAGUGCUUGUGGAUCGAGUUAAAGUUAAGAAAAAACUAAUGUUUACAACUUUGGAGGAGGUUUGCUGUAACACUUUGACCAAUGUCUUGCGACAGCUCUCUGAUUUGUCGCGACAUGCCAGCAAUAUUUUUCUGGAGAUUGAGAGAGAAACCGGAUUUGUACGGGAGAAAUCAAACCGAAUACAGAACCGCCUGGAAAUUUUACAAAGUACAGUCUACAAGACUGACAAGAAGAAAAUCAGAAUCCCUGUGUCUAACUUGGAUGAUGAAAGUAAGUGGACAGUCCAUUACACGGCCCCCUGGCACCAGCAGGAGAACGUCUUCCUGCCCACGAACAGACCAGCCUGUGUGGAGGACCUGCACCGGCAAGCCAAGGUCAAUCUGAAGACUGUGCUGCGAGAAUGUGACAAGCUGAGGAACGAUGGAUUUCGCAGUUCUCAGUACUACUCUCAGGGCCCCACCUUCUCCUCCUCCAACCUGUCUGACGGCAGCCUGUGUGAGCAAGACGACCCUGAUAGGAAGUCUACAGUUUCGUCGACUGAGGAUGAGAAGCUAAUUUUUUCUGUGAGGCCCAAAACCCCGAUACUCGGUGACAUUUCUGAUAUUGACAUCCAGACCAACUGGACCAAGUCUCUCCCACUGCCGACCCCUGAGGAGAAGAUGCGCCAACAGGCCCAGGCUGUGCAGGCUGAUGUUGUCCCCAUCAAUGUAACAGGGAAGACUUUUGACCGUCAGGCCGUCAUCCGGCGGUCCUUAGUUAACACUGACACUGUGGUAAGAUGUCCGAAGAAAGUCAAAAGGAGAAAGACAAUUACAGGGGUUCCCGACAACAUCCAGAUGGAACUAGCUGGGCAUAAUGAACUCCGGGGUUACUCAAUGUACAUCCCAGGUCAAUAUUCUACUUUAGGUAGAAUAGGUAGUGGGCACUCUACCUUGCGGAGAUCAGAGACGAGAGAUUCCAGCUGUCAGACAGAAGAAAUAAAAAUAGUGCAGCCAUCAGUGAGACGAAUUCGCGCACAGAAGGGACAAGGUAUUGCUGCUCAGAUGUCCCUGUCCAACUCUUCUGGGAACAUGUCUACGGUCAGUGAUACUGUGGGAGUCCUAUGUGUUCCACAAGUUAAUGGUGACCUGCGUUUCCAUAGCCUGCCAAGAUCUGGAGCAAGGGUGUCCUUGCAGUCAAUGGAGAAACCUGAUAGCGCUGUAUAUAAAUCUGAAGAGACCUCUUGCAGUACCUUGCCUCGGCAGAUCAGCAAACUUCAAGUGGAUGAAAGCGUGAUCCAUUUGAGAAAUACAUCCAUGACAGGAAUCCUACCAAGGCCCAGGUCCCAGAAAGCAAGAAGCUUCCAAAGCGACAGAGUGACAAGCCCAGCCUGUGUGGUGUCCCCUCACGCAACUUACUCAACAAGCGUCAUACCCAAUGCCACUCUAUCCUCAUCGACAGAGGUGAUAACCAUUCACACCUCUCAAAGUUCAAGGAAAUCAAAUAACCAGACAAACCUAGCAUCUGCAUAUGCACCAGCAAGGCCCAUGAGUACUAUAUCCAUGAGCAAUGGGAUUGACUUGAAGGAAGAACACGAUUCUUCUUUUACCCCUGCAACAAUGUCACCUCGCUGCGACUCAGCUGUGUCCUUGAGUACAGGAAAUAACACAGAGACAGGAUCACAGUGCAGUACUUUGGAUGGAAGAAGCGACUGCAGCAUGAAGGAUGCAAGAAGUGAUUCAAGCUACUCGGAAAGCAGUUUCCCAAGCAGGAGCACAAUCCCUGCUGAUCAGUGGAUAUAUGACACACCUGAGAAUGUCCUGCCUCAUAAGUCUUUGACAUCAAGCUGCUCCACGACGAUCAAUCACAUUUAUAGUAGCUUAGAGAGAAGUUCUAAUAAAACUGACACAAGCUCCUUGUAUUCCAUGGACAAUGAUGGUUAUUACACCUCCAUGCAUCUCGACUCUGGGCUUAAAGCCAGAAGCCAGUAUGGAACCAGUGGUAUGGGGAACUCGAGACACAGUAUGUAUGAAAGUAGAGCCCAUCAAAGCCAGGAUGACAGGUUGAGCAUGAACAGCGAUAAGUCACUGUCACGUACCAUUUCUAUGAAGAAGUCAAAGAAGCCACCUCUGCCCCCUUUUAGGACCGACUCCUUAAAACGUAAACCAGGGAAAAAGUCUAACUCCAAUGAUCCUAUCUUGAACGAAACACUGAUAGAUACCUUUGCGCAAUCGCUACAGCCCAACCCGAAGUGCAAGAGUGGGUCAACCCCACAACAGAGCCCCUCCAGUGACUAUGAUGACCCCUGGGUGUUGCGCUCCCGCAGCCAGAGCACAGUGAGUGCCAGCAGCAGUGGCAUGUCCACCUCCGGGCCAAACAUCUACUCCAUUUGCCCUGUCACUCCUUCUCAGAGUGAUACCAGCAGUAUCAGGUCAGAGUACGCUGAUGCCUGGGGAUAUUACAUAGACUUCACUGGGGUCCAAAACGACCAGCUCAGGUCGGAAAGUGCUGAUGCAGUUCCUGGGGAUUAUGGCGAUGGUGGCAAUCUCCCCAGUGGGUCAAGGGUUUUCAACCCGCAACAAGGACCAGGAACAUCCGUAAAGACAAAUAUGGACACCUCUCCUGAUAAGGUGCACAGAGUAACCUCGCCAUCCAGCGGGUACUCAAGCCAAUCUAAUACCCCCACUGCUGGCACUCCAGUGCCAGUCUUCUUGAGGUCUAUAUCACCUGCAGGUGGGAAAUCCAAGCCAAAAGUGCCUGAAAGGAAGUCAUCCUUGUUAUCAUCUGUCUCCUCCUCUUCUACAUCCUUGUCAUCAAUCACUUCUGACACACCAAGGAAUCAUGCUAACCCCAUGAAUCCACCCCCUUCAUCACCUCCAUUAACUCAACCUAUGGCUCCUCCUGUCCCUCCUCCUCUCCCUCCUGGCCCUGUCAUGGAUCCUUCUCUUCCCUGUGGUCCGCCAAAGGCCCCUCCACUUCCCCCAAGCUCUACCAUGGUAACUCCAUUGCCUGUCUUUACUGCAACUCAACUGUUUCCUCCCCCACCUGCACCACCACUCCCACCACUACUCCCACAAGUUUCUGCAAUAACCUCUCCAACUGCACCCACCGCCUCACCUCCACCCCCCUCUUCUCCCAGCUUCCCUCCUCCUCCACCGGAGGUCCUGUUGGAUCUUUCCUCUACAAUUGAUGUUCCCCACAGUCUGCCUUCUCCACCUAUUUUUCCUGUUCAUAUUCCUGUUACUCCCCCUCCUCCUCCUCCUCCUGCACCCCCUUUACCUGCUGUGGCUCCACCACCGGCUCCACCACUCAACCUGAAAGCCCUAAAAUAUGCCAUUAAACCUACACAUCCUCUCAGUAUCUGCAACAAUCAGCAUCCUGCUUCCAAUGAUAAGGGAAAGAGGCCUACUAAUCAGCCUGAAUCCAGUAAGACAAUGAUGCCACUCAUCACACCAAAAGCCCUUAAGAUGGUGCAGUUGAGGUCUGUCAGGAAGCCAGAAUUAAUAGAAGUUGAAAAGACUACCCAAAAUCAUCAGGUAAAACAUGAACUUAUUGAUUCCCAAAAUCAUUCAUCACCGGAAAAGCCUAAAUUACUGGAGCAUCCAACUUCAUUGCAAACUAGUUCCAAGGUAAAUGGUUUGAAGAAACCACCAACAGUGGUUAAGAACUUCCAGGUAAUUAUUGCUAAGGAUGACCAGAUCUCUGAGGCAAAAUUGGGUCUAGCCACUAGCAAUAGCAUGUCUGAAAUGCCAACAAUAUCGAAUAAGGCGGAUGUCUUCUCAGGUACAACAGAUGAGCUUCAGCCUUGCACUAACACAACCUCACUUCAGGAGAACGAAGCAUCUCCAAGCAAAGCAGGCAACACCACCCCUCCUGAAAAGAUACUGCUUGUCUUUUCAAAGAAACCCAACCUAACCCUUAUUGUGCCGCCUGGGCAGACAUUGUCGAGCAAAUCAGAGAAUCAAGACUUGACCAAAGUAUGUGUAACAAAGGUCCUAAGCCCUCAGAGCAGUGUUUCAAUUACUACUGGAAACAGUGAGGUGGAGAAUGGCCCACUCAAGGUGCUACCGAGUGGAGAGGAGACAGAUUCUGGUAGCUCCACUCCUGUAGCCAGUGACUCUCUUUCCAGUGAGAGUACUGCAGAUGGCUUUUGGAAGAUUCAGACCUUUCUUGUCCAGCAGGAGGAACAGACCCUUUCAGACAACAAAAAUAUUUUGGAUGUUGAUGGAGGCAGCAGCGCGUCAGGAUCCAUAAGCUCCAAUGAAGAUGAAAGUGGUGAGGUUUUUGAAACAAACACAGCUAACCUAUCUCCAGUAUCAAGUACUUGUGGAGAAAGUUCUGAAGAGAUGGUUACACCAACUAGACCCAGAACUACAGAUGAUCUGUUUGCAGCUAUACACAGAUCCAAAAGGAGAGUUCUGGGGAGGAAGGACUCUGAGGAGGACCAUGCGCGGAACCACUCCACAUCUCCCCCUGUCACGCCCACCUGUGGGGUCCCCAUCCUGGCCUCGCCACACCGUCAGACAGGCUCCAUCCAGCGCAGCAUACGCAAAUCUGCCACCAGCAGUGACACCUUCAAGGCCCUACUGUUGAAGAAGGGCAGCCGCUCCGAGACCAGCUUCCGCAUGUCUGCCACAGAGAUGCUGAAAAACACAGCUCCCAAAUUCCAGAGGACAUGCUCAGAGUCCACUCUGGAUCUCCCUGACAGCCCUAGCAGUUCCCCUGGGAAGAACAAGUCAGCCCAGGAUGAAUGGGUCAAGACCGAGGGGCUUCUACCCAGGAGUGCCUUCCUCUCAGGCACCAAGUACAGUCGCUCACGCACGCCUCCAUCGGCUGCCAGCAGUAGGUACAAUGCCCGGAACCGCAUUCUCAGCAGCCCAAUGACAGUCAUUUGUGAGGGAGAAGGUGAACUGGCAGAAUCAAUUCACUCACAGUCCGCUUCCAGCUUGGGGAAUGUGAAUGGAAUGCCCACAAGCUGGAAUCAAAGCAGCCAGAACUCAGUAUAUACUUUGCCAUUGAAAGAAGAGACUAGUCCCCAAAUAGACUGCUCUGAGAAUUCAGAGAAAAUGUAUCCCCCUGAGAACUGCAAUGGCACUUGAAGGAACAAAGCAGUUAAGGGCUGGGGGACAUUUAAAUUUGGACAUUUCUGUGAGAACUGUUGUAAGCUUGAGACUUUAAAGAGAAGCAAGCUUGCUUAGGGCCAGGACUGUCCCGCACAAAGCCUAAUAGUAACUGCUUUAGAGAGGUAAGGCUCUGGGAGAAAAUGAACUGUAAACAGAAGGAAGAGCUUGCCUGCAAAAAUGUACUAUUUUUCGUGUCUGUUUUUUAGGUUAAGGAUUUCAAAUGAAUUGUGACUGCAAUGUUUUUGUUUAUUUUCAUAAAUUACUUUGCAGGAAAUGACAGUAGGCAGAAAUAGGUUGUAACUGAGCAAUAGGUGGUAAAGGGGUGUACGUUUUCAGGUAGUGUCAAGUUUAUAUUUGUUUAGGUUGAGCUGACAUGAGUGGUGCUACUGUUUGAAGAAAGUAGCCGGGCUGGAACUGAAGGCAAGCUGUUUCUUCUAGAAUUUUGACAAAAGGAAAAUAUUGAAUUACUUUAUGUAAGAAUGCACAAGCAAAGGUAACAAGAUUGUGUUUUGUGGUUUUUUUUUUCAUUGAAUUGUGAGAUGCACUGCAAAGCUGCUUCUUAGAAUAGAUGGUGCAAAAUACUACAUCAGCCUUAUUUUUUUUUUUUAAAGAAAAUAUUGCUUCCCAAUACUCCACCAUGGAAAAUGUAACCCCUUCUUCCUUCAAGUGGUGUAUUUUUGUAGUGCAUAAAUAUUUUGAUAACAAUGAAUACUCUUGCAAUAACACCUGUUGAUGGCUCAUCAACACAGGCCUCAAAUCCGGCCUCUAAUCAUUUUGUAGCAAUAUCUAAAAUGGAAAGGGUUUAAACACAUAUUGUAAAA